AUGAACCAAGAAAGAAUUAAUGUUGCAAGUGUUGAAUCUAUUGUGGAAAACAUAGAUUGUGACCCGGGAAGACGGAGACCUAUUGUUGAGUAUGAUGUCCAAGAUAGGGAUCGCAUUCGAAGAGAAUAUAUGUCGAAGGGACCUUUCCAACCAAAAGGUCAUGUGUUUAAGAAAAGCUCAUUUGGCAAGGAGAAAAGGAGUUUCCAAUAUAAAUGGUUUGAAAGACAUGCUUGGUUAGAGUAUAGUGUGGAUAAAGAUGCAGCAUUUUGUUUUUGGUGUUAUCUUUUUAGGCCUAUUAAUGACAAUCGGUUUGGUGAUGAUGUCUUUGUGAGCACAGGGUGUAAAAAUUGGAAAAAUGCUCUUGCUAUUUUUAGAGAACACGAGGGUUCAGUUAAUAGCACGCAUGAUCAGGCAAGAAUACUUUUUGAAGGAUUUAAAAAUCAAAGACAAAGUGUAGAGUAUAAUUUGAUGAAAUUUGAUAGGGAAGACGAAGUCAACUAUCGGAUUCGUUUGACUGCUUCUUUAAAUGUGACUCGAAUAUUGUUGAAACAAGGGUUGGCUUUUCGAGGAAGUGAUGAAUCAUUGGAGUCUGAAAAUAGGGGAAACUUUAUAGAGAUACUUGAUUGGUUGCGUGAGCAAAAACUUGAGGUAGCAGCGGUGACAUUGGAGAAUGCUCCUCGCAAUAAUCAGAUGGUUUGUCCUUCAGUUCAAAAGGAAUUGACAAAUUGUUGUGCUGUUGAAACUACAAAAGUUAUUUUGGAAGAUAUUAAAAAUCGCAAUUUCUCUCUUUUGGUUGACGAAGCGCGCGAUGCAUCGAUAAAAGAACAAAUGGCAUUGGUUUUGAGGUAUGUUAACAAUGAUGGAGAGAUUGUAGAAAGAUUCUUGGCUUUGGUUCAUGUCACUGAUACCACGGCAAAAUCUUUGAAAGAAGGGAUUGACUUUGUAUUUGCUAAGCAUGGUUUAUCUUUGUCACGAUUAAGAGGUCAAGGUUAUGAUGGUGCAUCAAAUAUGCGAGGUGAGUACAAUGGUUUGAAAUCACUUAUAUUGAAAGAAAAUCCAUUUGCCAAGUACGUUCAUUGUUUUGCCCAUCAGCUCCAAUUAGUUGUGGUAAAUGUUACAAAAGCGCAUGGUGCUGUAAGUGAUUUUUUUACCAUUACCACUAUGAUUGUCAACACAUGUGGUUCAUCUUGUAAAAGAAAGGACAAACUACGGCAGAUUGAGCAUGAAAAGCUUGUCGAAGCUAUAGAAAGUGGAGAAAUUAAAAGUGGAAGGGGUUUAAAUCAAGAGAUGAGUUUAAAGCGACCGGGCGACACUCGAUGGGGGUCACACUUUACUACUUUGCUUCGUUUAAAAAAAAUGUGGUCGUCGAUAAUUGAAGUGCUUGAAAAUGUGUUUGAAGAUGGUUGUAAUCCUGAUAAUAGAGGUAUAUCAAAAACAUUGGUCAUGAGGAUGGUGAGCUAUGACUUUGUUUUUAUUUUGCACUUGAUGAUAGAGUUGCUUGGGACAACAAAUGAUUUGUCAACAAUUCUACAACUUGGAGAUCAAAAUAUUGUUCAAGCUACAUCUUUGAUUGAUACAACCAAAAGGACUUUGCGAGAUUUGAGAGAGAAUGGGUGGAAUGAAUUCUUGGGACAAGUUGAAGAGUUUUGUGUGGCUAAUUCCAUUGAUGUCAUUGGUAUGAAUGAUACCAUCAAUCAUCGUGUGCGUAUGAAUCGGGAUGGGCGUGUUACUAAUUAUCAUCAUUAUAAAGUGGAGAUUUAUUGUCAAGUUCUUGAUUUACUUACUCAAGAGAUGGAGAAUCGUUUUCCAGAAGUGAAUACGGAAUUGCUUAUUUGCAUGAGUUGCCUUAGUCCAAAAAACUCAUUUGCUAGCUUCAAUGUUGACAAGUUGGUUCGUCUUGCAGAACUUUAUCCGAAUGACUUCUCGCCUAUAGAAUGUAUGUCUCUUCCAUAUCAACUUAAAACUUAUAUCAAUGAUAUAGUUGAUAAAGUUGAGUUCUCCAACAUUGAAGAUUUGGGAAAUUUAGCAAAGAUUUUGGUUUCUACCGCAAGCGAUAAAGCUUUCCCCUUGGUGUACCGUUUGAUUGAGUUGACACUGAUCCUCCCGGUUGCAACAGCUUCUGUCGAGAGAGUAUUUUCUGCCAUGAAAAUUAUUAAGACAGAUUUGCGCAAUAGAAUGGGAGACAAAUGGAUGAAUGAUAUCUUAGUUGUAUACAUUGAGAGGGGAAUUUUUAAAAAAAUUGGAAAUGAGACCAUUCUUCGGCGAUUUCAGGACAUGGCGACUCGCCGGAAACAGUUAUCAUCUAGUGUGUCGUAA